AUGUGUGAGACUGAUGAGCUGAUUGCUGGGGGCCCUCAGAGGGGUGGCCACCGGUAUUCUUGCACCCCUAUUCCCACUGCCAGUACAAAGAGAUCAUCGGCCAUCACCAUCCCAGGCCUAAGCAGGGCCCGGACGCAGCAGGAGGGCAUGAUCAAGGCGCAGAAGGCGGGCAGCGGCUCUGCAACUGUCUCGACAACUGCAGGACCGCCAGGAGCGAGCCAGCUCCACGAGGGGGCGCGCGCCCGCAAGAGACCUCCCCGCGCGCCCGGGCGGGAAGAGAAGGGCCCAGGCGCCUGUGCCUCGGCCUCCAUCCCUGUCACGCGGUUCUUAGUACCUCUCCGGCCUGCUUCAGAUCUUCGAGGUUUCAGCUUUGGUCAUCCGACCCGGAGUUUGUACCUGAGCCCUGGGCAGUCGCGCGCCGCCCCCAGCUCCUCACGGGUUAAUCCCCUCGCCGCCCGCUCGCUUCCCGGUGCCAAACUGCGCCAGCAGCAGCCGGCACCCCGCGCCCGGGCGGCGCCAGCCGUCCAGCGUGUCGGGACCCCGCAGAGGUCCGGGGCUGCGGCCUCAACCCAGCCGCGAGGGCGGCUCACGGGGAGAAAUGUCUGCGGAGGACAGUGCUGCCCAGGAUGGACGACGGCAAACAGCACCAACCACUGUAUCAAACCUGUGUGCCAGCCGCCCUGCCAGAACCGAGGCUCCUGCAGCCGGCCCCAGCUCUGCGUCUGCCGCUCUGGUUUCCGCGGUGCCCGCUGCGAGGAGGUCAUUCCUGAGGAAGAGUUCGACCCCCAGAACUCCAGGCUCGCACCCCGACGCUGGGGCGAGGGCUCACCCAGCCUGCGCAGGAGCAGCACCAGGGAGGGCCCCAGGACCCAGCCACUGGAGCCUCAGCCGCCACAGGCCACGACCCUGAGUGAGCCCAGCCAGCUCCGCCCCUCCCAGCAGCACAUAGGGCUGUCCCGGACUGUCCGGCUCUACCCAGCCGCUGCUGCCAGUGGCCAGCUGACUUCUAAUGCCCUGCCUGCAGGACCAGGCCUUGAGCAGAGGGAUGGCAGCCAGCGACCUGCACAUCUGGACCACCCCUCAACCCCCUGGGGGCUGAACCUCACGGAGAAAAUCAAGAAGAUCAAGAUCGUCUUCACUCCCACCAUCUGCAAGCAGACCUGUGCCCGUGGGCACUGUGCCAACAGCUGUGAGCGGGGCGACACCACCACCCUGUACAGCCAGGGUGGCCAUGGACAUGACCCUAAGUCUGGCUUCCGCAUCUAUUUCUGCCAGAUCCCCUGCCUGAAUGGAGGCCGCUGCAUCGGUAGGGACGAGUGCUGGUGCCCUGCCAACUCGACUGGGAAGUUCUGCCACCUGCCUGCCCCGCAGCUGCCCAGGGAGCCUCCAGAGAGGGGCUCCCGCCGCCGGGCCCCACAGGAAGGCCCCUUGAGGCAGUCCACCUUCACCUUGCCUCUGUCCAACCAGCUGGCCUCCGUGAACCCAUCCUUGGUGAAGGUGCACAUUGACCACCCGCCUGAGGCCUCCGUGCAGAUCCACCAGGUGGCACGGGUGCGGGGUGAGGUGGAGGAGAACAGCCUGGAGACCAGACCCCCACCCCGGCUCCCCGCCAGCCCUGGCCACAGCCACCUGGACAGCAACAGCAUCCCUGCUCGGUCUGGAGAGCCCCCUCGGGCCCCACCCCCAGCAGUGCCCAGGCUUCGGGGACUGCUGGGCCGAUGUUACCUGAGCACUGUGAAUGGACAGUGUGCCAACCCCCUGCUGGAGCUGACUACUCAAGAGGACUGCUGUGGCAGUGUGGGAGCCUUCUGGGGGGUGACUUCAUGUGCGCCGUGCCCACCCAGACCAGCCUCCCCAGUGAUUGAAAAUGGCCAGCUGGAGUGUCCCCAGGGGUACAAGAGACUGAACCUCACUCACUGCCAAGAUAUCAAUGAGUGCUUGACGCUGGGCCUGUGCAAGGACUCGGAGUGCGUGAACACCAGGGGCAGCUUCCUGUGCACGUGCAGACCUGGCCUCAUGCUGGAUCCAUCUCGGAGCCGCUGUGUGUCGGACAAGGCCGUCUCCAUGCAACAGGGACUGUGUUACCGGUCACUGGAGUCUGGCACCUGCACCCUGCCUUUGGCCCAGCGAAUCACCAAGCAGAUAUGCUGCUGCAGCCGUGUGGGCAAAGCAUGGGGCAGCGAGUGUGAGAAGUGCCCCCUGCCAGGCACAGAGACCUUCAGGGAGAUCUGCCCUGCUGGCCACGGCUACACCUACUCAAGCUCAGACAUCCGCCUGUCCAUGAGGAAAGCAGAGGAAGAGGAACUGGCCAGGCCCUCGAGGGAACAAGGACAGAAGAGCAGCGGGACCCAGCCUGAGCCAGCAGAGAGGCAGCCCCUCCGGGCAGUCACUGACACCUGGCUUGAGGCCGGAACCAAUCCUGACAAGGCUGACUCUCGGGCUGUUCAGGUCACGACCAGUGUUGGCCACUUAGCUGCCUGGGUCCCAGAGGAUGCCAUGGGAAGACCAACGUCUCCAGUGCUGCCCGGACAGGGCUUUCCAGAGACCCAGGAAGGAGAACACGUGACCCCCUCCACCGAUGUGCUGGCAACCCUUGGCGCCCCAGGCAUUGAUCGGUGUGCAGCUGGAGCCACCAACAUCUGUGGCCCUGGCACCUGCGUGAGCCUCCCAGAUGGAUACACAUGUGUCUGCAGCCCUGGCUACCGGCUCCACCCCAGCCAGGCCUACUGCACAGAUGACAAUGAGUGUCUGGGGGACCCCUGUGCGGGGAAAGGGCGCUGUGUCAACCACGUGGGCUCCUACUCCUGUUUCUGCUACCCUGGCUACACGCUGGCCAGCUCAGGGGCGACUCAAGAGUGCCAAGAUAUAAACGAGUGUGAGCAGCCAGGCAUGUGCAGCGGGGGACAGUGCACUAACACCGAGGGCUCGUACCACUGCGAGUGUGAUCAGGGCUACAUCAUGAUCAGGAAAGGCCACUGCCAAGAUAUCGACGAAUGCCGUCACCCUGGCACCUGCCCUGAUGGGAGAUGCGUCAACUCUGCCGGCUCCUACACUUGCCUGGCCUGUGAGGAGGGCUACCGGGGCCAAAGCGGUAGCUGUGUAGAUGUGAAUGAGUGUCUGACCCCUGGGGUCUGUGCCCAUGGACAGUGCACCAACCUGGAAGGCUCUUUUAGGUGCUCCUGCGAGCAGGGCUAUGAAACCACUGCAGACCAGAAGGGCUGCCAAGAUGUGAACGAGUGUGCCAGCCGGGCCUCGUGCCCCGCGGGCCUCUGCCUCAACACCGAGGGCUCCUUCACCUGCUCGACUUGCGAGAGCGGGUACUGGGUGAAUGAAGAUGGCACCGCCUGUGAAGACUUAGAUGAGUGCGCCUUCCCGGGAGUCUGCCCCUCCGGCGUCUGCACCAACACAGUUGGCUCCUUCUCCUGCAAGGACUGUGAUGUGGGCUACCAGCCAGGCCCCCUGGGCCACAUCUGUGAAGAUGUGGAUGAGUGCACAGACCUGCAGAGCAGCUGUCUGGGAGGCGAGUGCAAGAACACAGAAGGCUCCUACCAGUGCCUCUGUCCCCAGGGCUUCCAGCUAGUCAAUGGCACCGUGUGUGAGGAUGUGGACGAGUGUGUGGGGGAGGAGUACUGCGCACCUCGUGGCGAGUGCCUCAACAGCCACGGCUCCUUCUUCUGCCUCUGUGCACCCGGCUAUGCCAGCGCAGACAGGGGCACCAGCUGCCAGGAUGUGGACGAAUGUGCAGCCACAGACCAGUGUCCAGGAGGGCAUUGUGUCAACACUGACGGCUCCUUUGACUGUCUGUGUGAGCCUGGCUUCCGGCCCUCUGCAGACAGCGGCGAGUGUGUGGAUAUUGACGAGUGUGAGGACUUCGGAGACCCAGUGUGUGGGGCCUGGAGGUGUGAGAACAGCCCUGGCUCCUACCGCUGUGUCCUGGGCUGCCAGCCUGGCUUCCACGUGGCUCCGACGGGAGACUGCAUUGACAUAGACGAGUGUGCGAAUGACACCGUGUGUGGGAGCCAUGGCUUCUGUGACAACACUGAGGGCUCCUUCCGCUGCCUCUGUGACCAGGGCUUUGAGACCUCACCCUCGGGCUGGGACUGUGUUGACGUGAACGAGUGUGAGCUCAUGCUGGCCGUAUGUGGGACUGCGCUCUGCGAGAACGUGGAGGGCUCCUUCCUGUGCCUCUGCACCAGUGACCAGGAGGAGUACGAUGCGCAGGAGGGGCACUGCCGCCCGCGGGUGGCUGCAGGUCAGAGUGUCCCUGAGGCGCCGACGAGGGACCAGGCCCUAGGCCCCAUCCGCAUGGACUGCUACUCUGGGCAGAAGGGCCAUACUCCCUGCUCCAGCCUCCUGGGCGGGAACACCACUCAGGCUGAGUGCUGCUGUACCCAGGGGGUCCGCUGGGGAGAUGCCUGCGACCUCUGCCCAUCUGAGGACUCAGCUGAAUUCAGCGAGCUCUGCCCCAGCGGGAGAGGCUACGUCCCAGUGGAAGGAACCUGGACGUUCGGGCAGACCAUGUACACAGAUGCCGACGAGUGUGCUAUGUUUGGGCCUGGUCUCUGCCCCAAUGGCCGGUGCCUCAACACGGUGCCUGGCUACAUCUGCCUGUGCAACCCUGGCUACCACUACGACGCUGCCCACAGGAAGUGUGAGGAUCACGAUGAGUGCCACGACAUGGCCUGUGAGGACGGCGAGUGCGUGAACACGGAAGGCUCCUUCCACUGCUUCUGCAGCCCCCCCCUCACCCUGGACCUCAGCAGGCAGCGCUGCAUGAACAGCACCAGCAGCCUGGAGGACUUCCCUGACCAUGACAUCCACGUGGACAUCUGCUGGAAAACAGUCACCAACGAUGUGUGCGGCCAACCCCUACGUGGGCGCCGCACCACCUACACCGAAUGCUGCUGCCAGGAUGGCGAGGCCUGGAGCCAGCAGUGUGCUCUGUGCCCCCCAAGGAGCUCUGAGGUCUAUGCUCAGCUGUGCAACGUGGCCCGGAUAGAGGCAGAGCGGGAGGCUGGGAUCCACUUCCGGCCAGGCUACGAGUAUGGCCCCGGCGUUGACGACCUGCACUACAGCCUGUACGGCCCAGAUGGGGCCCCAUUCUACAACUACCUGGGCCCUGAGGACACCGUGCCUGAGCACCCCUUCCCCAACAUGGCCAGCCACCCAGGGGACCUUGAGUCUCCCCUGCAGCCCUCAGAACUUGAACCCCACUACGUGGCCAGCCAUCCAGAGUCCCAGGCUGGCUUUGAAGGGCUUCAGGCAGAGGAGUGCGGCAUCCUGAACGGCUGCGAGAAUGGCCGCUGUGUGCGUGUGCGCGAGGGCUACACCUGCGACUGCUUUGAGGGCUUCCAGCUGGAUGCAGCCCACAUGGCCUGUGUGGAUGUCAAUGAAUGUGAGGACUUGAACGGGCCUGCUGCACUCUGUGCCCACGGUCACUGCGAGAACACAGAAGGCUCCUACCGCUGCCACUGCUCCCCAGGUUACGUGGCCGAGGCAGGCCCCCCGCACUGUGCUGCCAAGGAGUAACCGUGAGGGGUCAGUGUAGGCAACUACCUGGAAACAGCCUCCAACCAUGAGCGGGGCUUUGAGGAUGCUCUCCUAGCUGGGGAGACACCAGGACAUCAGGCCAGAGGCCCUGCAGCCCAGGUCCCAGCCAGCCUUGCCUGCUUUCAUCUCUCCCAGCUUAGGCUCUGGCUGUGAGCUUCCGUCACUGCUCUGUGCUGCUGUGCCCUUACUUGGCUCAACCACCAAACGCUUCCACCAACUGCUGUGGCCAGUGACCACAGGCCCAGCCCACCUGUCCUGGCCUAGCUAUGGGAUGCUCACCAAAGGUUGGCCCCGCCUACCCCCUUGAGCUGUGCCAAUGUGCACGGUCCUCUGGCUUCACAGUGCAGACACCUUCCCAGCUGUGAUCCAUGUGUCACCUGAUGACUCCACAACUCGGGCAGAGGCUACAUCUGCCCUGGAAGGCCCCUUAUCUGUGGAGCAUGAAGGAGUUUGGGACCGACUCGAACCACACUCAGCCGAUCUGGGCUGGGCCCUAACUUGCCGCAUGUCACACUGGCAUCCUGUAGUCAGUUCUGUGGCUCCAGGGAAGGACAGAAGAUUCUCUCGUCUCAGAGGCAAGAUAGAUAUUAGCUUGUUGAGUGCAAGGGACACAAAUGAAGAGGGACAAGAGCCUGAGAAAGCGGCAAGACAGCAGUACAAAAACCUCGUGGAGUUCAUGAGAAAGGGGGAGCUGAGGCUUCAUACAUCUGAAGAAAGUAUUUUGUAGCUCUGGGUACUUACAAGCAUUUGAAACCCGAGUGAGAGCUCCUGUGCACCAGCAGCAAGGGCGGCCACAAGACAGAGUACCCAUCUCUAAGGCCCGUCAUGAAACGCAUACUGCUUCUCACAGAAAAUGCCUACUGCUUCUUACAGAUCUCUGCGGGGCUUCUUUGAAGAAAAUCAGUUUGAUGUGUGGAAAAUAGAAGUCUGCUAUGUAAUGUAAUCUUGUUCAGAGAAAGCCAGAUUUCCAAUGUUCUUUUCCCUCUCAACUCAGAGCCCCUGUCCUCUUCCCCUUGAGAAAACAGACAGUUGGCAUCCCUCUGAAUUUAUAAGUACAGACACUCCAACCUUGGCUAGCUGGAAGUUCAGAACCAUGGUGGAAUAAAGAAAUGUACACCUGG